UUCCUAAUCAAAGCGCAUCAGGGCCGUUCAGUCUCCACUGGAGGGCGAUUGGUACAAGAGCACCGGGACACUCCGGCAGCAGAGAGAGACACAGCAGACAGUCGGAGGGAGAAGGGACACAGACAGGCAGCCACACUGAGAGAAAACCCCAGACCCGGACCCUGCAGAGCAUCUUUUCUUUCCGCCGUUGGAUUAAACCCGUCCUGACCUGUCCCUAACACCGAAAUCACGCCAAGACAUGAGCUACUCCCGCUGAGCCUUAUUGAUGCUGAACUGAGUGGUCCAUUGCUGUCCUCCAGUGUGUCCCCUCCCCUCAGUUUUCUGUCCCUCUGUCUGUUACCUGGCAGGGGGCGGAUGUGUUAAGGUGUAGUGUUGGUAUCAGAAGAUCAGGAAGUGCAGCAGGUUUGUGAGCAGCCAUGACGAAGUCCUACGAGUUCAACUGGCAGAAGCACCUGCCUGAGUUCAUGCAGGAAGGAGCCUCCUUUGACAGGUUUGAUGAGGACCCAUACAUGUUUGAGCCCAACUGUCAGAUGAGAGUGGACGAGUAUGGCUUCUUUAUAACCUGGAAGAGUGAGGGAAAGGAAGGCCAGGUUCUAGAGUGUUCUCUCAUCAACAGCAUUCGAGUUGGUGCUGUCCCAAAGGACCCCAAGAUCUUGUCAUCAUUUGAGGCCAUUGGAAAAACAGAGGCAGACUUGGAAGGCUGCAUCAUCUGCAUCUGCAGUGGCACAGACCUGGUCAACCUCAGCUUCAUGUUCAUGGUGGCAGAAAACCCAGACAUAGCCAGGAAAUGGAUCGAAGGUUUGAGGUCAGUGAUUCACAACUUUAAGGCCAACAACGUCUGUCCAAUGACAUGCCUGAAAAAACAUUGGAUGAGAAUGUGUUUCCUGACUAAUGUGAAUGGGAAGAUUCCUGUGAGAGGCAUUACUCGAACAUUUGCAUCAGGGAAGACAGAGAAGGGCAUCUUUCAGGCUCUAAAGGAUCUUGGCCUCCCAAGUGGAAAGAAUGAUGAGAUCGAACCAGGUGAUUUCACCUUUGACAUUUUCUACGCACUCACACAGAAGAUCUGCCCUCGAACAGACAUUGAGGAUCUCUUCAAGAAGAUCAAUGGGAACAAAACUGAUUAUUUAACUGUAGACCAGUUAGUCAGCUUUCUGAAUGAAAACCAGCGUGACCCUCGGUUAAAUGAGAUCCUGUUCCCGUUCUACGACCCAAAGAGAGUGAUGCAGAUCAUUGAGAAAUACGAGAGAGAUGAAGCGCUAAAGAAGAAAGGCUGUAUGUCUAGUGAUGGCUUCUGCAGAUACCUGAUGUCAGAUGAAAACGCUCCUGUUUUCUUGGACCGGUUGGAGUCGUACCAGGAUAUGGACCAGCCACUAGCCCACUACUUCAUCAGCUCCUCCCACAACACGUACCUGACAGGGAGACAGUUUGGAGGGAAGUCUUCGGUAGAGAUGUAUCGCCAGGUGCUGCUGUCUGGAUGCAGAUGUGUGGAGCUGGACUGCUGGGAUGGAAAAGGAGAAGACCAAGAACCCAUCAUCACUCACGGCAAGGCCAUGUGCACAGACAUCCUAUUCAAGGAUGUUAUUCAAGCCAUCAAGGAGACAGCUUUUGUCACUUCAGAUUUCCCUGUUAUUUUGUCUUUUGAAAACCAUUGCAGUAAACCACAGCAGUACAAGAUGGCCAAGUAUUGUGAAGAGAUCUUUGGAGAUUUCCUGCUCAAACAAUCUUUGGAAAACUUCCCUAUUGAAGCUGGGCGGCCCUUACCCUCUCCAAAUGACCUCAAACGUAAAAUCCUCAUAAAAAACAAACGCUUGAAACCUGAAGUAGAACAGAAACAGCUCGAGGCCUUUAAGAAACACAUGGAGGCCGGAGAGACCAACACUACAGCAAUCAUCAUGGGUGAAGAGAAUCAAGAGGAUGCAGAGAAUGGAGAAAAGGAAGGUGAAGAUAAGGAUCUGAACUCAGAGGCUCCCAGUAUUCAGUCGGAGGCAACCAGUGAGAAAGAUGCCAACAGUGUUUCACAGAGUAAUGCUGUCAGCUCAGGGAAGGAGGAAGAACGCAACAACAGUAUCAAGAAGGUGCCUGAUGAUGAUGUAACAGAGAUGUCAGAAGCCACAGAAGCUACAGAUGCCACAGAUAUCUCUGAAGCAUCUGAAAAAGAAAAUAACAAAAAGGGUGGAGAAGGGGGAGAGGAGGAGAAUGUUGAAGAGGCUCUGAUAGCUCAGUACACAUAUGUUGGAGCCACCACGAGCAUCCACCCAUAUCUGUCCGCCAUGGUCAACUACGCACAGCCGGUCAAAUUCCAGAGUUUUGAUGUGGCAGAGGAAAAGAACAUUCACCAUAACAUGUCAUCUUUUAAUGAGUCUGUUGGUCUGGGCUACCUGAAGACUAACGCCAUCGAGUUUGUCAACUACAACAAGCGUCAGAUGAGCCGGAUCUACCCCAAAGGGGGCCGGGUGGACUCCAGUAAUUACAUGCCUCAGAUCUUCUGGAACGCAGGCUGCCAGAUGGUCUCACUCAACUUCCAGACCCCAGAUCUAUCCAUGCAGCUGAAUCAGGGAAAGUUUGAGUACAACGGCUCCUGCGGGUAUUUACUGAAGCCUGAUUUCAUGCGGCGGUCUGACAGGAUGUUUGACCCUUUCUCAGAGACUCCAGUGGAUGGUGUCAUUGCCGCCACCUGCAGUGUACAGGUGUUUUCUGGACAGUUCCUGUCAGAUAAGAAAAUCGGUACAUACGUUGAGGUCGACAUGUACGGGUUACCGACAGACACCAUCAGGAAAGAGUUCCGCACACGCAUGGUGAUGAACAAUGGCCUGAACCCAGCGUAUAACGAGGAGCCCUUCGUCUUUAGAAAGGUGAUUUUACCAGACCUGGCAGUGCUGCGAAUCGGAGUUUAUGACGACAACAACAAGCUGAUUGGCCAGCGCAUCCUGCCCCUGGACGGCCUGCAGGCUGGCUACCGUCACAUCUCGCUGAGGAACGAGGGGAACAAGCCUCUGUCGUUGCCCACCAUCUUCUGCCAAAUUAUCCUCAAGACCUACGUGCCCGACGGAUUUGGAGCAUUUGUGGACGCCCUAUCAGACCCAAAGAAGUUCCUUACCAUUGCAGAAAAGAGAGCAGACCAGAUGAAGGCGCUGGGGAUUGACACGAAUGACAUUGCAGAUGUUCCCAGUGGAAGCUCGAAGAAUGACAAGAAGGGAAAGGGUAAAGGAGACACAGUGAAGGCCAGUGUGACACCACAGGCCAGCUCAGACACGGCCCAGACCUCCAAUGCCGCCCAAAAUAACACAGCAGAAACAAAGAAGGAUAGCGGACUUGUGCCUAAUGUCAGCAUUGAUGACUUAAAACAAAUGAAGACAUACCUUAAGCUGAUUAAAAAGCAACAGAAGGAGCUCAAUGCUUUAAAGAAGAAACAUUCAAAGGAUCAAAACACUAUGCAGAAAUCUCACUGCACCCAGGUGGACAAGAUGGUGUCAGGGCAUGAUAAGGAGAAGUCAACCCUGGAGAAACUACUAGAGAAAGCCAUCAAGAAACGAGGGGAAAAUAACUGCCAAGAGCUGAAGAAGGAGACAGAGGAUAAGAUCCAAACACUGAUCGCUGAUCACAAAGUCAAGGUAAAGGACAUCACUGCAGCACACACUAAAGAGUGGUCAGAACUGAUCAGUAGUCACAGCAGCGAGGAGCAGGAGAUGAAGGACAGCCACGUCACACAGCAGUGUGAACACCUCAAGAAACUCCUGGCAACUGUCCAGGAGCAGCAGACAAUGCAGCUCAAACUUAUCCAUGAACGGCAGAGCAAAGAGAUGAGAGCCAACCAGGCCAAGAUGUCCAUGGAAAACAGCAAAGCCAUCAGCCAGGACAAGAGUAUAAAAAACAAGGCAGAGAGAGAGAGGAGAGUACGAGAGUUAAACAGCAGCAACACAAAGAAGUUCCUGGAUGAGAGGAAGAGGCUGGCUAUGAAGCAUCAGAAGGAGAUGGAGCAGCUAGAGAAGAACCAGAAAGACCAGGUGGAGAAACUGGAGAAGUUCACUGAGCAGCUUUUGAAAUCACACCAUGAAAGCAAACAGGUUCAAGGCCAAGGACAUGCAGCAGAUGGUGAAGUUGGAGGAGGAGAUGGACCGCAGACCUGCCACAGUGGUGUGAGCCCCUGAGAUGGAGACAAGAGCACACACUAAUGCUCACACAGACACAUACACUCAUAUACACACAAACACACGUGCAGGUGCAGAAACACUUCACCGCAGAAAGCCCUCCUCGACCCAGAGACGUUCUCCCUCUCCGCACCAUUGUUUCUCUACUUUGUUUUUCUAUUCAAACACAAACAUGCUGUAGCUCAGUUUCUGCACCCUGACCCAACAAACCACCGAGCCGCCGAGCUUAUCACUGUCUGACAGGGUUUGACCACUUAUUGAAAGAGGAAGUGUUACCUCGGAGACAAAGCAUCACAGAGUGAGACGCAUCCCCUCCUCGGCUCUACUCAACACUGAAUCACCUUUAAUGUUCUCUGCUCCUUCCAGGAAACACAAGCAGCAGCUUUUGGUGUAAACACACACACAUGACACACGCACAAACACUCACAGGGAGUGGAAGCCUUCCUGUUCACCUUGUUUGUUUUUACUUUUUAAAAUCGGUACCUCUUCAGAAACAGGGAGAGAGGGGAGGAGUAUGUUUAAGAUUUAAUGUCAAUUCAGCACAAAUGAGUAACUUUGUGAAAUACACUGUAUGCUACACACACGUCCUGUCCUGAGCACUUUGUAUGUGAUAGGCCAUCAUAAAAAUGUGGAAAAUGUAGCAGUGCACUACUGUAGGUUCUCUGUAUUUCAGUAAGAAUGUAUUUAAAGAAAAAAAUCACUGUACGGAGGAGUGACAAACCAAGUUUCACCUCCUCCUGCAAUGAAAGCUGUUUUACUUCACAGAGAUGUAUCACUGACUUUUUUAUUGUUCGACAAUGAGUGAGCCCCUAAUAAGAAGGCUUAUUUUCCUGCUGAGUCACAACACCAUGAAGGGAACUCAAUGGAUUGUUGCUUCACUAAAACCGUCUUAAUUUCUAAGAAAGAGCCCUAAUAUUGUGUGCUGGGUGUGCUUCAUUUCACUUGAAAAUGUAACAACCAGUCAUGAAGCAUGAUUUUUUAUGAUUUAGUUUUCAAUCAUCACAAAACUGCAAAAGUCGAUGCUUUAAACUCCUGUUUUGGGGCACAGAAUCAUGUAUGCUAUGCAAAGACAAACACAUGAUUUUAUCAAAGCUUAAGGUGUACAAAAUAAAAAACAACAAGGGAUGCACCAAUAUCACUUUUUUCUGAUCAAGUAAAAGUACUUACAUUUGAGUACUCACUGAUCCAGAGUACUAAUGCGAUAUUUCAAUAUCAUUACAGCUCUUAAAAUUAUUUUUAAAUUUUUUUUAUAUCUGAUGUUCCUCACCCCUACUUCAAGAGUCUAGCAGAGUAUAGUUUGCCGCCUGCUCUACUUUUAUUAUCCUCAUUUAUGUUUAAAAAGAAUAUCUCUGGUGUCAUGCAAGGCUAACAUCAUGCUGUAAAAUGAUACCAAGAACAGAAUCCGCAACGUUUGAGGAGUACAAGUGCUUGGUCUUAAUCGGUGCAUCCUUCGAAAAAAAUAUUAACACCACCAGCCAAAGGGAAGUCUAGAAAAAUAAGUCUAUUAAAAUGAGCUAAAUUGGUUAUUUUAAGCCUUUAAUUUUGUUGCAGUGUUGUUUCCUCAAAUGCAAAGGCAGGUACAUGAAUUAUUACAAGAAACGAUAAAUGUGUUGCUACGUAGGAUUAAAAUGGGCCUUUUCAAUAAGGAGUUUUGCACUUGUUAAAGUGUUGGCCAACCUUUAAUACACUGGUAUUGGCAACAUUAUCCACGCCUGGCAGCACAUCAUUAAUUCUGCUGGAUUAGUUGUUGUAAUUGAGCGGCCCGUCACUGUAAGACAAGAACUUGGCAGACAGAAGUCAAAGCCGCUUUGUCAUUUAUUACUGUUGAGGUGAAGUGUUCACUUAAUCGCUUCUUGAAUGCACGUUAGCAACCUCCGCUUCACUGUUUGUCUGCUGGCCUUUAGACCAGGGACAUCACACUGAAUAGUUCUCAGAUCUGUCACACAGCCUGUGCCACUCACUGUUCACACCAUGGAAUCCAUAGAAGGCUGAAAAUCCCUCUUUGGUCAAGACAGCGUUCCUUUAAGCUAGGGCUGUACACAGCUACUGGUUUAGUUGGUAGAAUCAGGUGGAAACCUGAAAGCAUUAGUCUAAAUAAUCUUGUGUUUUAUCAGGCACACCUGCAGUCCAGAGGACCUUGAGCACUUCAGGCUGGCUACUUUUCAAUGUUUAAAGUCACACAAUGUAUUUCUUUUCAUCAUUAUUAAACUGGAUGAAAGAUUUUUGUGACUUAGAGACUUUGCUUAGAGCUGAGCAAGCCCCACCAAAAACAACAGUGCAGGGAUACAGAAUUUUAACUCCUUUAUUCAGCAUUUUAACCAGUUUGUAUGACAUUUAUUAUUGCUCUGGAAUACAUUCUCUCCAUAUAAUUGCUUUAAAUGAAACUUCCACAGGUAAACACUAAAGGCUCAUUGUAACUAUUUUAAAAUAAAGUCUACGGCCCGUCAUGUGGUUCGUCCUGUAUGGCUCUGUGCACACACUGCAAAAAAAUUAAAAAGUGCAUUUACCUAAUGCCUACUGAAAAUGAUCUCAUUACACCUAAAAUGAGCCACAAUCUCCUGACCAAUCCAGAUAAACAUCAUGAUUUUACAAGCAAAAAUAAACAAAGCUUGAAUUUACUGUAAUUAUUUAAAAAUAAAUAUCAUCACCACAGGCAAAAUUUACUGAUGUUUUUUGAAUGAAGAUCUCAUUCUUUAUCUGUUGAAGAGGAAAUAUGUAAAAACCUACUUUUGAGUAUUUUUGCACAUACAUCUGGGUAUGUGAAAUAAGUCUGAAUGCACCAAUGAAUCAGUGUAGCUUCAGUAUCGGCAGACGUCAGCCCUCAACAAACAUCUACCCAUCUCCAAAUAAUCUGACAUGAACCGAUGAUAGUACAGUGCCAUGAAAAAGUAUUUGCCCCUUUCUGAUUCCUGACUUUUUUGUGUAUUUAUCAUCACACUUAAAUGUUUCAGAUCAUUAAAACAAUUUUUAUAUUUCACAAAGACAACCCAA